CUUUCCUGCUUCUGCGCUUGCGCGGCGGGCUCUCCCUGAUUGGUCGAACGUUAUCCGCUGGCUUAGCCGAAGGAGAGCGUUUUGAGCGUCCGAAAGAAGCUGUUUGUGAGGUGGAAUCAUGAGCAAAGCGCACCCGCCGGAGCUGAAGAAAUUUAUGGAUAAGAAGCUGUCAUUGAAAUUAAAUGGCGGCCGGCACGUCCAGGGGAUCUUAAGAGGAUUCGAUCCCUUUAUGAAUCUCGUGAUAGAUGAGUGCGUGGAAAUGGCCCCAGGUGGACAACAGAAUAACAUUGGGAUGGUGGUAAUACGAGGAAACAGUAUUAUUAUGCUAGAAGCUUUGGAACGGGUGUGAAGGAACCACUGGGCUCUACUACAAUGCAUUUUUUUUCUUUUUUAAAAUAUCGUUAUUUUGUAUUGUGCAAGAUAUGGGGAAAUUACCCAUUCUUUGUGAGGUUUUUUAAAAAAUAAAUUGCUAAAACUGGGUUAAAAUUU